AAAAAAAAUUGAAUUGUAGACUCUUGACGGAAGAAAACCUCGGAUGUUUAUUCUUACGCACCUCAUGGAAUUGGAGCCACUCUCCUCACCAAACCUUUCCUCUACAACUCUAACCUAAAGAUUAAAAAUCCUUCUCUUCUCCAUAAACAAUAAGUGGAAUUCAAAAACAAAAAUCCGAUCAGGAAAGAGAUAAACCCUAGCCCUUUCACUCCGAAAAAAAAAAAGAAGGUAAAUGGCGCUCUCGGAGGAAGAGUGCUCAACCGCAAAGGCAUCUUCCUCUUCAUCAUCGUCGUCAUCGGCGACUGCUUCUUCCCAAGGCGUUAACUACCUUGCAAAGUGCGUUCUCAGAGGAAGCGUUGUCCUCCAGGUCGCUUACGGUCACCUCCGCUCUCCUUCUUCCUUCGACGUCGUUUUCGGCAAGGAGACGUCCAUAGAGUUGGUAAUAAUUGGUGAAGAUGGUAUUGCAACAUCUGUCUGUGAGCAGCCUGUCUUUGGUACAAUAAAGGAUCUUGCCAUUCUCCCCUGGAAUGAGAAGGUCUCUGCACGAAAUUCUCAGAUGCGUGGGAAAGACCUGCUGAUUGUUAUUUCUGAUUCUGGAAAGCUAUCAUUUCUCACAUUUUGUAAUGAGAUGCACAGGUUUUUCCCCGUGGCCCUUGUUCAGCUUUCUGAUCCUGGAAACUCAAGGUAUCAACUUGGAAGAAUGCUAGCUGUUGAUUCCGCAGGUUGUUUCAUUGCUACUAGUGCUUAUGAAGACCGAUUGGCUCUUUUUUCUCUUUCAAUGUCUGAUGGAGAUGAUAUUAUUGAUAAGAGAAUAUUUUAUCCUCCUGAGAAUGACGGCAGUGGUAGUUCUACCAGAACUACCCAAAGAACUAUUAUACGCGGUACAAUAUGGAGCAUGUGCUUUGUUUCAAAAGGUUCUGUCCAACCAAAUAAGGAUCACAAUCCCGUUCUAGCCAUUGUUCUAAAUAGGAAAGGAAAUGUCCUGAAUGAACUGGUUUUGCUGGGAUGGAAUAUUAAAGAACAUGCAGUUUACGUCCUUUCACAGUAUCUUGAAGCUGGACCACUAGCACAUAGCAUUGUUGAAGUUCCUCAUUCCUGUGGCUAUGCAUUCCUGUUGAGGGUUGGUGAUGCACUCUUGAUGGAUCUUAGGGAUGCACACAAUCCCAAUUGUGUGUAUAGAACAACCUUAGACUUUUCAGCCCAUGCACUAGAGGAACAGAAUUGUCUUGAAGAGUUAUGUGUAGCACAUGAUGUUGAUGAUGAUGGUUUAUUUAAUGUUGCUGCAUGUGCUUUAUUGCAGCUAAGUGAUUAUGAUCCAAUGUGUAUAGAUGAUGACAAUGGCGAUGGAAAAUCAACUUGCAAACAUGUAUGCUCAUUUAGUUGGGAACAAAGUGAUAGAUGUCCGAGGAUGAUUUUUUGUCUUGAUACUGGAGAAUUUUUCAUGAUUGAGAUUUCAUUUGAUUCUGAUGGUCCUAAAGUGAAUGUAUCUGAUUGCCUCUACAGAAGUCAACCUUGCAAGUCCCUUUUGUGGGUUGAUGGUGGGUUCCUGGCAGCAAUUGUAGAAAUGGGGGAUGGUCUGGUCCUUAAGGUAGAAAGUGAGAGGCUAAUAUACACAAGUCCUAUUCAAAAUAUAGUGCCAAUCUUUGACAUGUCAAUAGUGGAUUACCAUGGGGAGAAAUGUGAUCAAAUGUUUGCAUGCUGUGGUGUUGCACCAGAGGGAUCAUUAAGAAUUAUACGAAGUGGUAUAAGCAUAGAAAAGCUUUUGAGGACUGCCCCCAUUUACCAAGGCAUAAGUGGAACUUGGACAGUUCGGAUGAAAGUAACAGAUCCUUAUCAUUCUUUUCUUGUGCUAUCAUUUGUUGAAGAGACCAGAGUACUGUCAGUUGGAUUAAGCUUUACUGAUGUUACUGAUUCAGUUGGUUUCCAACCUGAUGUCUGUACUUUGGCAUGUGGUCUUGUGGGUGAUGGCCAGCUUGUCCAAAUUCACCAAAAUGCAAUUAGGCUUUGUUUGCCUACAAAGGCUGCCCAUUCUGAAGGUAUUCCUUUGUCUUCUCCAGUUUGCACAACUUGGUCCCCAGAUAACACAAGUAUCAGUUUGGGGGCAGUUGGGCAAAAUUUGAUAGUUGUCUCCACUUCUAAUCCAUAUUUUCUAUUUAUUCUUGGGGUGAGAUCACUAUCAGCAUAUUAUUAUGAAAUAUAUGAAUUGCAGUAUGUGAGAUUGCAGUAUGAGUUAUCGUGCAUAUCAAUACCUCAAAAGCAUUUAAGCUCUCCUUUAAACCCGGUGAAUGAUUUUGGCAGAGCCGUUGUUCCUGUUGGAGUUGGCAGGGAUAUUACCUUUGUUAUUGGUACACAUAGGCCAUCAGUGGAAAUUCUGUCAUUUACAACUCAAGGCCUAAAAAUUCUUGCUACUGGAACAAUUUCAUUAACAAGUACUAUGGAAACUGCAAUCAGUGGUUGCAUUCCUCAAGACGUUAGGCUAAUAUUAGUUGAUCAGUUUUAUGUUCUGUCAGGAUUAAGGAAUGGAAUGCUGCUUCGGUAUGAGUGGCCUUCUGCCUUUGUGACUUCUUCAUCAGAAUUACAUGGUUGUAGUUUUUCUAGUCCUUUUCUUGGAAAAGUUGAGAGAGUUUUGUCAAAUACAAAGACCGCAAAUCUGUUUGGUUCAGAAACGUGUGCUGUUAAUAUGAGUGAGAAAGAUGAUGUUCCUAUUACUCUUCAGUUGAUCGCGACUCGUAGAAUUGGCAUCACCCCAGUUUUCCUGGUUCCCCUGAGUGAUUCACUUGAUGCUGAUAUUAUAGCUCUCAGUGACAGACCUUGGUUAUUGCACACGGCUAGGCACAGCCUUUCUUAUACUUCUAUAUCAUUUGAACCUUCCACGCAUGCAACCCCUGUAUGUUCUGUUGAAUGCCCUAAAGGAGUUUUAUUUGUUGCAGAAAACAGUUUACAUUUGGUGGAGAUGGUGCACAGUAAGAGGCUUAAUGUGCAGAAGUUUCAUCUUGGAGGCACUCCGCGGAAGGUCCUUUAUCAUAGUGAAAGUAAGCUUUUGGUUGUGAUGAGGACUGAGCUAAGUAACGACACAUGUUCUUCUGAUAUUUGUUGUGUAGACCCCCUCAGUGGGUCUGUGAUGGCAUCUUUCAAACUCGAACUUGGAGAAACUGGAAAAUGCAUGGAGCUAAUUAGGGCUGGAAAUGAACAGGUUCUGGUUAUUGGAACUAGCCUGUCUCCUGGUCCAGCAAUAAUGCCCAGUGGUGAAGCAGAAAGCACCAAGGGCCGUCUUAUUGUUCUCUGCAUUGAACAUGUGCAAAAUUCAGAUAGCGGUUCAAUGACACUCUCUUCUAUGGCUGGGUCAUCUUCUCAACGAAACUCACCAUUUUGUGAAAUUGUUGGCCAUGCCACUGAACAACUAUCAAGCAGUAGUAUCUGCAGUAGCCCAGAUGAUACUAGCUGUGAUGGAAUAAAACUGGAAGAAACUGAAGUAUGGCAGUUACGGUUAGCUUACACAACCACCUGGCCUGGAAUGGUACUUGCUAUAUGUCCAUAUCUAGACCGUUACUUCUUGGCAUCUGCUGGUAAUGCUUUUUACGUAUGUGCUUUUCCAAGUGAUAAUCCUCAAAGGGUGAGAAGAUUUGCAAUAGCGAGGACACGGUUUAUGAUAACAUCAUUGACUGCACAUUUUACUAGAAUUGCUGUAGGUGAUUGUCGUGAUGGCAUUCUUUUCUAUUCAUAUAAUGAGGACACCAAAAAACUGGAUCAAAUGUAUUGUGACCCAUCACAGAGGUUAGUUGCUGAUUGUGUUCUUACAGAUGUUGAUACUGCUGUUGUUUCGGAUCGUAAGGGCAGCAUUGCUGUCUUGUCGUGUUCAGAUCGUCUGGAAGAUAAUGCAAGUCCAGAACGUAACUUAACACUGACUUGUGCAUACUAUAUGGGUGAGAUUGCCAUGAGCAUCAGAAAGGGUUCAUUUAUUUACAAACUUCCAGCUGAUGAUAUGUUGAACAUCUGUGAACUUAAUGCAAGUGUUGACCCUACACACAAUUCUAUAAUGGCCAGCACGCUCCUAGGAAGCAUAAUGAUCUUCAUUCCAAUAUCAAGGGAGGAACAUGAACUGCUGGAAGCUGUCCAAGCUAGACUCGUUGUCCAUCCAUUGACUGCUCCUGUACUGGGCAAUGAUCAUAAUGAGUACCGUAGCCGUGAAAACCCAGUUGGAGUCCCGAAGAUACUUGAUGGUGACAUGCUCGCUCAAUUCCUGGAGCUUACAAGCAUGCAACAAGAGGAUGUAUUAUCAUUUCCCAUCGCAUCUUCAGAUACACAUAAGUUGAGUUUAAAACCACCAUCUUCACCCAUCCCCAUCAACAAGGUCGUGCAACUCCUUGAGCGGGUCCAUUAUGCCUUGAAUUAAUCACAGCUUUGUCUUUUCCUGUCUGACAUAUCAUCACAAGUCAAGGAGACAACCUUGAUGCAUAAGGAGAAGAGCCAAAUGGCUCGUGGUUGUAUUCUCAACUCAAUUAAUAUGAAGUGCAGCCCCAGGACCAUCCAAAGCGUUAAUUUUGAGGCUGAUACAAGAUAACAGGCUCCGUAAAUUCACAUUCAUUACAAAGUCUUCAGGUUAGGCAAGCCAACAACUGCACAGGGAAUAAAUAUUUGAAGUUGCUGCUAUCCUUUGAUGGUAAGGAAUACUUUGUAUAGUAGAUAUUUUAGAUGAAAUUGAAAGGCCUGGAAAACAGUUGAAUGGGCUUUUCUUCUGCCCCUAUUUAGGCCAUUUUUCCUUGUAAUAUUAUUGCAUUGCUGAAGCAACAAAACAUUUCAUGUUUUUGUUCAUUUGUUUGAAAGCACUGUCAAGUGCAAUAUUUCUUUCAUUAGUAAUCUCCUCAUUAAGACAGAAGCUAAGUCUGUAGUAGACUUGGGUCUCUAUGGUUAUAUCUGGUUGCUUGUCGGUAUCGGAUUGCGGAGGCAGAAAUAUCUUUCUUUCAUGACGGGGCGACAGGCCAAGAAAGAAUCGGUUUCCUGCUCUCUGAUCAACACCAAUAUUCUAGAAAUCUUCUCAAGCUCAAGUUUUUCUUUUUGUGUAAUAAUUAAACACUGUGAUACACUCUUCGGGUUAGCAGAAACUUGAGCUGCUCUGUGCGGUUGGAUUUCGAGGCAUGAGGUAAGAGCUUAUUGUUUGUUUCCAUAUUUCUUGUCAGUCGAAGAAAUUAGCAUUAAAAUUAUAUUUUGAAUCAUUUUCAUACCUUGUGUACAUUGUUGGUGUGAAUGCCUAUGCCUCAAAAUUGUGACAUGUUUUGGCAAUUAUUUAAGUACUAUCAUACAUAAAAGAGACAACGACUUACUUGUAUGUUAUUUCUGAAUGUCAAGAUUUACCUUAGACAAAUGUGACUUUGAUCCUAUUUUAAUUAUCUUAUUAACUUCAUCUUGUUAAUUACGGUUUGACGAGAUAGUUUGUCGUUACAUUAAAGUUAUAUACACAUAUAUUGAAAUAUAUAGAACUUUCAAAUUAUUUUCUUUCACUUUUUUUUUUUCACACGAAGGCAUCAUUUAAUAUUGAAUCCCCGAACUCUGGGCAAUUUUUUUCCUAUUUAUUCCUAUUAAUUACAAAAUAUUAAUAUUUGCCUUUUUAGCUGUAGAUAAAUUUCCCUCAUUUUCAUUUCUGACCUUGCCUUGAGAUUGGCGUAUGAAAGUGAUUUUUCCUCUGGCUAGAUACCUUCAAUAAAAUUAAAUUCGAUAAGAUCAACACCACUUUCUAUGCAAAUUGAACUUUGGUUUCCCUUAAUUGGAUUUUUCUUCUGAAAUUUCUGUAAAGACGCUGCCAUUUUUCCUUGACAAAAGAUGGGAAAUUCGAAACCCUAAUUAAAAAGAACGGUCUCCGAUUAAGAAAAGAAAGGCUACGAAAUAUUUGAAAAUGUGGAGAAUUUUUGGGAGUUCAAAGUAUGGGGGAGACAAAGGGUUUAGAGACUAGUAGAGGUUCAAGAGGCAGCAGAGAACGGAAGAGUAUAGGGCACAGCGGAUGGCAAUGUCGGGUCAGGUUUUUAUAUAUUGACCUACUUGGAUGGAGGCCCAUGGAUCCAAUUUGUUCAAAAGGACUCGUAAUUUCGGGUCAUUUAAACGAGAACCCUCAGGCUUCAGGCCCUGUUCUAGUUGGAUCAAGGUGCAUGUUGUUGGAUCCAACCAUACCAACUCAAGUGACGCUCCACCGUUGAGUUUCUUGUUGGAGUACACGUGGACGGCUAGGAUGCGGAGAAA